AACGAAGGUGAAAGUUUUGGUCGACAAAUUGCAUAGCGCACACGCUCGCUUCUGUUAUUGUUGUAUUUUUGAUCAAUUUUUAACAGAAAAACCACCGCAAAAAGCACCCCAACAAUCUCCACCGCAUCCCACAGAAUCUGUAGCAAUGAGUUUCAAGUAUGAGUGUGCCGAUUUCUCGCAGUUUCAGGAGCAACUGAAAAAGAUGCGCGAUCUGGAUGACAAAAUCAUCUACGCACUGAACACAACCAUACCGACGGAAUCGUUCAAAGGUCAGGUCGAUGCUGAAGCGAAGUGUCGCGACCUGCACGGACAGCUAGAAUCGGGCUACAGCCACCGACAGGAAGCGAUCAAGAAGUGUAUCGUCGUGUGUGCCGACACGGUCAAGACGCUCAAGGACAAGCGGGAGGAAAACAAGGACGACGUUGCACUGAACAAGCAGUUCAAAACGGAACAGCGAAAGCUACGAUUGCUGCAAUCCGAGCUGAGCGUGGAGGACAUUAUUCGGGAACGAACGCAGAAAACGUUCCGCGAACGUUGUAGGCUAUUUUUCCGUUUCGAUUCGCUAUAAAGCAGCGCGUCGCAGAGAGAGAGAGAGGUUCUAGAAGGCUCUACGGCAAUAUCACUACGAAUGGUGGUGCAUUGCUGACUCACUCGUGUUCGAAGCGCACCAGCAAAGAAGCAGCAGCAUUUAUACGUGAGUGGCGCAUUUAAUGGUAAAGGGUUGAGGAAAAAAGGGGCGAGAUUUUCUGGUACUUGUGAUCACAGCAGGUGUUUUUACAAAGAUUUUAAGAAGCUUCACAGAUUUGCAAUCCGAUCGUGAGGAACGUCCGCUUUGGUGAGCGAACCGAUUGUCCGCAAACACAUCAAACAUGUUAUAUAAUGUUGUUUAUUGUAGUAAAGCGUAAUAGCUGUCGAACAUUU